AUGACCUUAACCACGAUGGCGUUCCGGACGCCUAAACACCGGGUGCUAGCCAUCGCAUUCGUGGUGAUCACUCUUUUGAUGAUUCUAGUUCUACUUUUCGAAACUCAGUCCGCUUUGGAGAGGUCUGAGAUGGACCUCAAUGGAUGUCAACAGAAAAAAGACUCACUUUCGGCUCAAUCAGUGGUACUCUAUGAGCACAAAACUCGAUUGGAGAAGAACCUCCAAGCCGAGAUCGAGAGAAAGAAAGCCGUCGACGAGGAGCUCAAAACUAUUCAAGUUGCAUUAUCGAAGGACUUGACUACUCAAAAAGAGAAAGUGGCGAAGCUUCUGCGACAAUAUGAAGAGCUGAAGGAACAACAAAAGAGUGAAUUCGAGAAAUUGAGAGCGACAUACGUGUCCUUACGUUCUGAGAAGGAGAAGUUGGAUGUCGAAGUUGAAGAUCUGAACCUACAGAACCAGAAACUGAAGGAUUCAAAUCAGAAGCUGGAGGAAGAAAUCCGAAAAAUGGAGCAAAUCGCCCCGGUAGAUAUGAGCGAGGUCGUGAGACUGCGAGAACGAGUCAAGGCGUGCGAUGCCGCCGGAGUGCUUGACGCGGCCGCCUCAAAGGCUACCACGGGUGAUGGUUCCAAUCGGGUGGCGGGAACGCACGUCGAAACCAGCAUAGUCGGCAAUCCCGAAACCGUGGCUGAAGUCAAAGUCACGACUCCUAGGGCCGAGCCCAGUGAUACCAAGCUAGAAUUCAAGGACGACGAAAUGAGAAUACUCCGCGCACCAUCAAGGACCCCAUCAUCGCCUGCGAGAGGGGUCGCUGCCGCGCCGAGGAGGUCAUACGGGGGAAUAAUGUCUCAGGACCUGAAUCCCCGACCAGAGCCACAAGAGGAUGAGCAGAAAAUUUCUUACCUCGGACAUCAAUUCGACGACAACGUGGAUCGGAAUCAGCGGCCCAUCCACCUUCAAGAUAAGCCUCCCCCUGCGCAAGAAGGCCAGGAGGAUCGAGACUAUCCAGAAAACGUCGACGCGAUGAAAGACGAUGAUGGAGGAGCUGAUGAGGGCGAAGACGCACUCGACAGGAAGGAGAAGAAAGGCGGUUUCCGGGGGAAUUUCGACGACGGCAACAAUGACAAUAGAAUCAACGACAAUGCCGGAGAUAAUCUCAAGCUGGGACCGAAAUUGAAGUGACGACGAAAACCCACCGAGGGGAUAAGACUUCAGUGAAAGAAAAGAUCAUUAUUUUUCUCUCCCGAUUCGGUCGAACACCCGUUUACCAAGAAAGACC